UUGGGUUGGACUAUAACUGAGAAAAUUUGCAGGUGUGAGAAGCUGGACAAACGUUUAGAGGCCGAAGGAAAAUCGAUUAAUGCUCACAGGAAUUUCGAGUUACUGGACGAGGAAGAGAAAUUCUUUGCUCUAAAGAAGACGCUGGAUGAUCUUAUGGAGAAUUUAUCGCUCUUCGAUUUUUUCAUUGACGACUGGAAUGUGAAUUGGCCAAUUCUCAGACAUCGAGUGGAGCGUAUAAUGAAGCCAGUGAACGCCGUGCUCGAUUUUAUUCGAAGUCAAAUCGAACAAAGGAAGCGUGAAAUCGCUAAUGGGACUCAUGUACCGCAAGGAGAAGGCGACGAUUUUGUUGACGCCUUCUUAAUUCAAAUGAAAAAGGAACACGAGAAUGCCCUCCCAACGAGUUUUGAGUGA